UCCGACACGUCAUAUUACAGUAGGACACGGAAGAGUUGUCGAUGCAAGGUCGUGUCCCCAACUACGGGGUGAGGGAUUCGUUUAUCGAGAAAAAUGAUGACCAUCGCCGGUCGUUGUGGGGCUUUUGCCCCAGUGCUGCAGGCGACAAAGCAAUCCGUCAAACGUAUGGUGUUACCUGGAGUUAAGGACUUGCCGUGUGCUACUGCUCCUGGAGGAACCCGCCUCGCCCACACAGACAUCAAGAUCCCUGACUUCACAGAUUACCGUCGUCCUGAGGUGACAGACCCCAACAAGUCCUCCCAGGACAGCAGCGAGGGGAGGCGGGCCUUCUCCUACCUGGUCACUGGGGCGACCACCGUCGUCGGUGUCUAUGCCGCCAAGACAGUGGUCACCCAGUUUGUCUCCUCCAUGAGCGCCUCAGCCGACGUCCUGGCCUUGUCCAAGAUCGAGAUCAAGCUGGGUGACAUCCCCGAGGGCAAAAACAUGACCUUCAAGUGGAGAGGCAAACCCCUGUUCGUCCGUCACCGCACGGAGAAGGAGAUCGCAACAGAGGAGGCCGUCAACCUCGCGGAGCUCCGCGACCCCCAGCAUGACAAGGAUCGAGUUUCCAACCCCAAAUGGGUUAUCGUUCUUGGUGUGUGCACCCACCUGGGUUGUGUGCCAAUCUCCAACGCCGGUGACUUCGGAGGCUACUACUGUCCUUGCCAUGGUUCCCACUACGAUGCUUCAGGAAGAAUUAGAAAGGGGCCGGCUCCUCUUAACCUGGAGGUCCCCUACUACGAGUUCCCUGAUGACGACACGGUUAUUGUGGGAUAAAUCUAUCUUAUGGCUCGGCUAUCUAUCCGCUACUGUAUUAUGCGUCAAUGUAAUAGGCUCUCUGAAAGAGGUGAAAGAUGAUUUAUUUAAUUAAUAAAGACCUGUUUCCUACAGUAUGACCACA